UUUGCCGGUAAAUGGCAACGCUAAAGUGAAAGCACUCAAAUGCUGGCUCGAAGAGAGUGAAGCGGAGAAUUUUUCGCGAAAAAUUAUCAAUAUCUUUCUGCCAAAUUAUGUGUUUCAUUAACUGAAACGAAAACUUAAAUUCUACACGUCGUAAAAUAAAUGGAAUGAAAAUAGUGAAAUAAGUUUCUUGGAUUUAGUCAUUGACCUUUGUGGUGACGUUGACGUCACGUCGAUAGCGAUUAUAUUAAUUAGUAUAGAUUUUGGAAAUUUCGUAUUGUAAAAAAUAUAAAAAAUUAAAUAAAACAUGAAGGAUGCAUUUGUGAAUAUAUGCAAUGUUCCGACACAUAUUUAUACAAAAGGACGUUGGAUAGAGGAAUCAUUAGAUAAUGAAAAAGAGAUUGCUAUUUGCAUCACUGGUAAUCCAGGUGUGCCUGGAUUUUACACAGAGUUCAUUGAGGAACUUUAUCAACGUCUUGAAUGCAAAAUGCCAGUAUGGGUAAUAGGUCACAUGGGACAUGAUGAUCCUCCUGCUACGAGCAUACGCGAGGUACCACAAUUGAAAGGCAAUGAAGAAUUGUUCGAUUUAAAUGCACAAAUACGACAUAAAAUAGAAUUUAUAAAAAAAUAUAUACCGCAGGAUUGCAAAAUACAUCUUAUUGGACAUUCCAUUGGCGCUUGGAUGAUAUUACAAAUGCUAGAAAAUGAUUAUAUACGACAAGCUGUUAUUAAAUGUUAUAUGCUUUUUCCCACCGUUGAACGUAUGAUUGAGUCUCAAAAUGGUUGGGUUUUUACAAAAAUUGCUCUACCCAUGUAUUGGAUAUUCGGUUUUUUGAUAGUACUUUUUAAUCGCUUACCAGUUUUUAUACGCAUGUGUUUUAUUCAUUUGUAUUUUUUAUUAUCGGCCAUUCCUUCGCAUUUUCGUGGCGCAGCAUUAUGUUACUCAAAGGCAUCAGUUGUAGAAAAAGUUAUAUUUCUCGCAGAGGACGAAAUGGCACGUGUACGUUUUCUGCAGACAAAUAUUAUUGAACAGAACUUAAACCUGUUGACAUUUUAUUAUGGCACAACUGAUGGUUGGGUACCGGUGGAAUAUUUCAAUGGAUUGAAAAAAGAAUUUCCAGAAAUUGAUGCACAACUUGAUACAAAAAAAAUUGACCAUGCAUUUGUGCUGCGAUAUUCAAAACCAAUGGGCGGAAUUGUGAGCAAUAUGAUUGUACAAAACUCGACAUUAUUUUAAGUUGCUAAUAGUAAAUUAACUUAUAAUAGUAUAUAUAUGUAUGCAGUAUGUUUAUGUAGUUUUAACCUAUGUAAUUAAUUUGUAUAACAAUAACAAUAAUAAUAGUAAAUUGUUUUUUUUAGAAGCAAUAUAUG